AUGGUGUUUGAAACUCACUGUGUUUAUUCAGACAGAGAGUCAGUGUCUGUGAAUGAGGGAGAUUCAGUCACUCUAAACACUGGUGUUCAAACAAAACAUCAAGAAGAUAUUAAAUGGUAUUUUAAUGGCAUUCUCAUCGCUCAAAUCAAUGGAGAUCAGAGUAAGAUCUGUACAGAUGUUCAGUGUAAUAAUGGUACUGAGAGAUUCAGAGACAGACUGAAGCUGGAUCAUCAGACUGGAUCUCUGACCAUCACAAACAUCACAAACACAGACUCUGGAGAUUAUGAACUACUGCUCUUCAGCAGCAGCAACACUGAAUCAGUCUUCAAAGUUACUGUCCGUGGUGUUUCUGCUGAUGAAGAAUAUAAAAUGAAGACAAUAUCAGUGAUCAGGGGAGAAUAUGUUAUUCUAGAUCCUGAUGAAGACCUAAAAGAUGAGAUGAUGUGGUAUUUUAAUGACAACAUCAUUGCUAAAAUCACUGGAGAUCCUAAUAAAACCUGUAUAGAUGUUCAAUUUGAAGAGGAGAGAUUCAGAGGGAGACUGACGGUGAGUCAGACUGGAUCUCUGAUCAUCACAAACACCAAAAUCAAAGACUCUGGAGUCUAUAGACUACUGGUCAUUAACAACAGCAACAGCUUCAGCAUCAGCAGAGAGAAGAGCUUCAAUCUUUCUGUCUUUGUUUUGUCAACAGGUGAAAUUGCAGGAAUAAGUGCUGCUGCUGGUGCUGUUCUGCUGGUGGCUGCAGCUGGUGUGAUUUACUGCAUUUGGAAAAAAAAAAGUAAGUAAAUAUAUUAAUAAAUUUGUGUUAUUAUUAUUAUCUUUUUUUGUUCUUUAUUUUUGUCCUUUUAUUUUUAUCUCAUCCCUUAAACAGAAUCAGAAUAAUUUGAGUGAGACUCCCAAUCAAUCGUCCCCUAACCAAACUAAGACUGAGGGCUGACAAUGAGACACCAAUGAAAGAGUAUUUAUUAUUGUGAUAUUUUAAUUGAAGGUGAAACCUGACACGAAACCUGCAGAGACUUCAAGCUGAAAUGGUGGAAAGAGUUCAAACUGAAACAUUACCCAAAAAGUAAUUGUGGCACUAAUCCUGAUACCAAUAAAGUGACAUUUGACCUAUAUUACAUACCAAUUUAAAUACAGUAACAACAGAUUUGCUGUAACAAAGCAGCUCAUUACAACAGAACACAGAGUGCACAGUAUUACGGAAGCCCUGAACCGCUACAUGAAAUGAUAUUCCAAGUGAAAAUAGUUUAUUAAAAUUAUUAAAUGGAUGCCACCUUAUUGGGAUAAUAAAGCCCUCCCUAUACCCACCCCUACCUGAUGAACACUUAAUUCUUAAACACUCGUUAGGCACUUUAUUUCCACUUUUUGAAAUUUUCUUCAUUUUUAUUAAAAAUAAAUGUUUUUCCGAUGACACUGAAUGUGUUUAUUCUCAGCAUCUUAUUUUCCCGUUUAUUCUCAAAAUUUAACACGUUUUUUGAAACAAUGACUUUAUUCUCAAAAUUUUAUGAAUUUAUUCACAUAAUUUUUUUUAAAUUUAACAAU